CCCAGUGAAGACCACGCCCCUUUGCUGGGGAGGACUCCCUCUGGAGGUGAGACCGAGGAGGCAGCCUCUGCGUCUUCGCGCCUGCUGCAGCGUGAACGCUCCCGGGCCUCACAGCGCUACAGACGGCGAAUCAUCACGGCCAUUGUCGCUACUUUGGGUCUUCUGGCCUUCAGUCGGCUGGUAUUUGGUACGGCGUGGAUGGCACCCUUUCCGCUGCACAACCACCUUACAGUUCUCGGUGCGUCUUUCUUCAUUGUUCCUAGGUGCCCUCUUUUUUACUUCUACAAUGGCCGAAUGCAUUCACUUGCCAUGCCGAUGAUAGGUGAAACCUUGUUCAUUAGUUGA